CUGGAUGGGGAUCGAGGCAAAGGCGGGCAGCUUCUUCCCGAAGACCACCUGACAGAGGCGGGAGCGAGAGCUGAGCAAGGCUGCAGGACACCCACAGCCACCAGGAUGACCACCAGGGGUUGCAAGGAUGCUCGCGCCCCCUGAGCAGUGAGCAGGUAUCUUGCACCAGGGUCCCCACUGUGGAGGCCCCAGUGGGCAGCAGCCACUGGCAUCUGGGGCUGGCCCAGGCCUCUCCUCACCCCUGUCCCACCUGCCUGAGACUGCCAGGGCCUCUCUACCAGCCCCCACCCAGAGGAGGGCGGGAAAGGGCACCAGGACUUAUCACAGAGAGCUGAGCCCGGACGGCUCCCACAGGGUGGGGAGACACGCUCCCACGGCGGCAGUAAAGGGAGGCCUCAGUGAGAAGGCCUGGCCGCUCGCUACCCAACACCCCUCCUGUGUGCCCAUGACGCCAAGGCGUGGGAGGCUCGCCCACAGGCCUGCAUCCGCCCCAGCUGCUCACCGCCUCCCUCCCUGGGCUGUCUUGGUUGUGCUGGUGGAGACCCAAGGCAGGGCCUGUGUCUCGGGGGUCUCCAGCACCCUGGAGCACGGCUGCAGAGGGCCCCUCUCCUGUCCCUUUCCACGAGGGCCAGGGGCAAAGCCCACAGGCCUGCUGGGCCCCACCAGACCCUGGCACUGGAGGAUGGCAGCUAACCAGACUCCGUCCCAGCCCAGGCCCUUACAGGCUCAGCACCCCCUUUUCUUCAUGAGGACUCGGCCUGUCAGCCUCCCCCUCUCCAUUCCCUCCCCACUCUCCCGAGGCUGCCCAAGCCCAGCUCAGAGUCCUUAGAGGGCUCUGAGGCCACAGCAGCACGUCCUGGGGGCCCUGCUUGCCUUGGGAAAGGUCACAUCAAGGUCAGCCCUGAGAUGCUUAGGUUAAACCGAGGACGUCUGGGACCAGAACAGCCAUGAACUUGGGACAGCACAGAAGUGCCUAGAAGAGCGAGCGCCGAGCACUGUCCCGGGCAGCAAGUAGUUAAGGCUGACCCCGCACACGUGGGGCCCAGGACGCCUGCUACAGUGGGCUCCCUGCAGGUCUGCAAGCAGGAAUCUUGGCUCUACGCCAGAGGCCACUCUCAGCGUCACAUGGGUUUCCCCACAUGGUUGUCCCCACACUACGCGUCCCUGGUGGCUCCACCCAGGCUGUGGAGAAGGCCCUCAGGUCUCGUCCUGGCUUCUCCUCCUGUGAUCUGCCCUCCGGCCCAGACCCCCGUGGUGUGUGCUCUGAGCCCCUCAGGAUGUGACUGGGACACAGCUCCGGGGGCUCAAAGCACCAAUAAGCCUCACUCCCCUGCAGCUCCUCUGGGCCCCGGGGCCAGCAUCUGCUUGCAGAGCCACAGAGCAGCAACUGCCCAGCCCCGCAGACCUGGCAGGAGCAGCUUCCUUCCCCACAGGGAGCCUGGGCCUAAGACCCCCAUCGUCGCCUCCCCCGGGACAGCUGCAGGGAGGAACAGCCCUCUGGCUGGCCACAGCGGCCUCCUGCAGCACUCAGGCCUCCGGCAUGUCGUGAGCCCACAAGAUCCCUCUGGUAGUGCUGGGGGGACAGAAGCCGAGGGAGCCUUGCCCUGGUGGGGGGCUCUGCCUGUCACCGCCACCCAACAAAUGAGAACGCCGGUCUCCGGAUCAGCUCGGGGUCACCCAGAAGAGCCCCAAAGCACAGUCAGGCUGGAAAUGCCGACUUUGAACCUCUGCUUCCUGGACGGACUGCCUCUGGGGCUGCCCCUGGAAAACGAGCUUCCGACCUGACCAUGCUCCUGUGUGGCCUGUCCGGCCGGAAGUCCCGGGGCUCGGUCCGAACAGCGCGGGCACCCCGC